AUGACUUGGUAUAAAAGUUUGCCCGAUGAGUCCAUCACUUCAUGGAAGGUGCUCGGGAAACUUUUUUCCAGACACUUCACGGCCUCCCGAAGACACCCCAAGUCAGGAGCCUCCUUGGAAGCCAUAAUCCAAGGAAAAGACGAGUCUUUACGGGCUUACAUUGAAAGAUUCAAUAAGGAAGCCAUGCAAGUAUCCACCACUGCCCAUAUGAAGAAAUUCUUGCUCGAGCGAGGCCUCCGACCACGCUCAGACUUCACCAAAGCCGUCGGGAUCAAAACACCGGCCACUCUAGACGAAUUCUUCCUCAAAGCCCAGGCGUACAUACAAUAUGAGGAAAAAGAGGCCGCUCACGCGGUACACAAUUCCACACAGGAAAAAAGCAGUAAGAAUGGUCGCCAAGACGAUUCCCGUCGGGGAACGGACAAAAAGAAAGACGACAAGGGUCGGGAUCCCAAAGACUACAAAGCUCCAGCCGGGAAGUUCCGAGAAUACAUCCCGCUCAACGCCUCAAGGGAACGCAUCUUAAACGAAUGCGCGAGCGCCGAAUUCCAAACGGGCAAGGUCCGCUUCCCUAAAACCAUGCUUGCGCGACCGAAUAUGGAUAAAUCAAAGUUCUGCCGAUUCCACAAAGGCCACGGGCACAACACCGAGGACUGCAUCUACCUAAAGGAUGUCAUAGAAAUAUUAAUCAGGGAGGGACACUUGAAGCAGUACGCAAAAAAGUAG